AUGACUGUAAGCAGUGGUAAGAUCCCUGAUUCUUAUGGUUUAAACGAAUGCAUGCAUCAAGAAGCGUUGAAGGAAGUGGAAGAUUAUGUGAAGAAGAUAAAGGGUUCAUGGGCGGUCACAGGUUCCAGCAUCUUGUUGGAUGCUUGGGUUGACAAGAAAGGCCGUGAUCUGGUUACUUUUGUUGCUGAUUCUCCAGCAGGUCCUGUGUAUCUCAAGUCCUUUGAUGUUUCUGAUAUAAAAACCAAUGUCAGUGCCUUGACAUCGCUAGUAAAUGGGCUUGUUGAUGAAGUUGGAGUGCAUAACGUGAUUCAGAUUGUUGCAUGUUCAACCUCUGGCUGGGUUGGUGAAUUAGGGAAAUCUUUUGAGGGUAACAACAAGGAAGUUUUCUGGUCUGUGAGUGUAUCUCACUGCUUCGAGCUUAUUCUGCGGAAGCUUGCGAGAAAAGAUUCUCUAAAAGACAUAGUUGACGAUGUCAAUAAGAUUACAGGGUUCAUCAACAACAAUCCCUUGAUUUUGGAUCUUGUCAAGAAGCACAGUAGUGGAAAAGAUGUGAUUGUCCCCUCCGAGUUGGAGUUUGUUAUUCCGUAUCUAAGUCUAGAGCGUAUUUUCGAGGCGAAGAAGGCAGGCAUGUUUGCUUCAUCUGAUUGGAAGAAAUAUGAAGACAUAACAAUAUCCAAACUGCAAGUUGGAACUAUCUAUGACACUAUGGACUGCAUAAAGGAGAGUAUUGCCAAGGAAUUCAAUGACAAGAAACGAUGUUACAUGCCGGUAUGGGAUGUGAUAGAUGAUGUCUGGAACAGGCACCUUCACAGUCCUCUUCAUGCUGCGGGUUACUUUCUGAACCCGACUACCUUCUACGCAACUGAUUUCUCUCUUGAUUCAGAAGUUGCCACCGGUCUUAUCUCCUCUCUGGUUCAUGUGGUAAAAGAACGUCAAGUUCAAGCUAAAGUUGCUACACAGCUCGAUAUGUACAAACUCAAUGAAGAUUGCUUUAAAGAGACCAGUCAAGCUGAUCAGAGCCCUGGAAUCUCUCCAGCUGAGUGGUGGGCUCAAAAGGCAAGCAAGCACCGAGAACUGCAGGGUUUCGCCAUUAAGAUUCUGAGCCAGACAUGCGAAGGUGCUUCAAGGUACAAGCUGGAGAGAAGCUUUGCAGAGAAGAUGCUGCUCACUGAAGGAAUGAGUCAUUCUGAACUCAAGCAUCGGGAAGAGUUGGUGUUUGUUCAUUACAAUCUUCAUCUUCAAAGCUGCAAAGCCAAAACUAAGUGA